AUGCAUAAUAAUGACGUAUCAUGUACUUUUUGUGGUUCAAGAGCCUAUGUACCACCAGAAGUUCUCAAAUCACAACCUUACACGAGCUUCACGGUUGACCUAUGGAGUUUAGGUGUAGUAUUGCUUGUGAUGGUUACGGGUCUUAUGCCAUACGACGAUCAAAAUCCACGGCGAAUGCUCUCGAAGCAAUUGCAGCAUAAACUAACAUUUCCUCAUAAGAUACUGAUAAGCGAAGAAGUAAAAACACUAAUUUAUGAAAUAUUACAUCCGAUACAUCUCAGCGUAAGUCAUAUUCGGAUAUUGACGGGUAUUCCAUAUAAAUUUUGCACAAGGGACAAUUGUGAUAAAGAUGACCUACUAGUGUUUCAAGUUUCAAAAUUUCUCUAUUAA